AUGCCGCCAAAACGCACCCACAACCCCGACGACGCCCAUCCGUCGCUCAAGGACAAACUGCACACGCUCCAAGCCUCGAACCCUCGCGGCGGCCGUCGCAACGGCGCGACCAGCGUCAUGAACGGCAGUGGUCUCAAGGAAGUAGAUAAUGCGUCUACCAACAGUGGUAACACUUCGGUCGACCUCAGCUCCUCAGGCAAUAUCAAAUGGUCAGCCCAGGAUUCGUCUGUGCUCCACGGCUACCGAAGAGCCUAUCGCCUCGACUGCCCGUCGAGCUUCAAGAACCCCCUCAGCCACGUCGUUUUGAACCAAGGGAUCGGAACAAUGUCCCCGACUAUGGCGCGGCCCAAGUCGAAGCGCCGUGUACACAAGGACCAGUUGGGGCUGGCAGUCAAGAAGAGCUUCAACUCGCAGGCCGUCACCGAGAGUGACGUGAUUGUUGACUGGCUGUACAAGUCAAAACACCAAGACAAAGAAUUUAGAGUACGAUUCGCCCCUUACAGGAAAUGA